AGUCACUUCUUGCUCUCCGAGCGGAUGGCAUGUGUCGCUUCCGUGGGAACUCUCUCCAAUAGGAAUCAUACAGCUUCAAGCUCGCUGUAAACGCGGACAUGGGUGUAUCUCCAGACAUGCAUUUCCACGCAUAUCUGUUCCUGGUUUUACUACACCGACAGUGAUCGCACCGGCAUGUUUGGCUUUUUCACGCCUCUCUGAUAACUUUGCGUGUGGCGACAGACAGACAGCACUUUUUUGUGUGUGGAUUAUUUGCAGGAAUGGUUCACUGGAGCGUGCCGCGUCCUGCUGCCUUGAGGAAACAACUUCAAACAGCCCUGGCUUUCACGUUAACUAGUUUGUAUUAAACUAGGGGGGAAGAGCAUGAACAACCAUAAGGGCGGCGGGAUGGCAUCGAAGGAGAGGCUGUAUGAGCUGUGGAUGUUAUAUUACACAAAGAAAGAUGUGGGUUAUCUGCAGCAGUGGCUGGAGGCGUUCGUUGCGUCCUUUGAGAAGCUCAUUGAUGUGCAGUCACUGGAGCCUCGGAGGCAUGAGGAGUGCAGCUCUGAGGUGCCCUUGCUCCCCAGGGAGGUCCUGCUGUUCCUCAGCACCCAGCUAUGGCACAGUGCGGUGCACCUCACCGACAGCACUGAGGAGCAAAACAGCAGCACCCCUCACCCCCUGCUCCUCAUCAAGUUCUUCAUCAUUGUUUGCAGGAACAUGGAGAACAUUGACCCAGACAAGACUCCUGAUUUUGUUUUCGAAACCAUAAAGCUUUUGAAUUUCUGUUUGACCCAGCUAAAAAAGGGACAGGGGGAGCAGUCACCUCUACAGCUGGUUGUGCAGUACGGACUUGUGCUGUGUGAGAGUCUGUUUGACCCUUAUCAGACAUGGAGGAGACGUCUGGCAGGGGAGGAGGUGAGCUUGCUGGAGAGGAACAAGUAUAAGUUCUCCCCACUGGCCCUGCCAGAGGAGCUGCCUGCUCUCUUCCAUGAAAGUCUCCAGGAAAGCGAACAGAUCCCAGAGCUCCUCAGACUGCGAUUGGUUCACCUCCAGGGUGCUGUCAUUAGUGGAGCAAAGAAGAAUGGCCUUCUCUUCAUCACCCCCAGCUCUGUUGAGGAUCUGUUCUCCGUCCUGCGAGCAUGGUGCUGCAGGACCUCCGCUGAACCAAAAGACGCCUUGCUCCCACGGCUGACACUGCAGUGCCUGACUGCAAUGAUCCACCUCCUGCACUCCAGCAGCCCCGCAGAGCGACAAGUGGAGAUCAGAACGAUACUGGAGAGUUUCUUCCAGCUCCUUAACUGGAAUCGUCUGCCAAGCAGUGAGGAGCAUGACAGGCAGAACUGGGAGGACAGCUUGAUAUCCCUGCAGAGCCAAAUGUUAACUGCUGUUCCUGAGAUACUGCAGUGCUCUGACAGACCAGUGCUUCAGGCUGUCUUCCUCAACAACAACUGCUUUGAGCACAUCUUGAGGCUCGUUCAGAACAGCAAGCUCUUUCAGAGCAAAAGGUGUAGGCCGGAGCAUGAGGUUGUGAGUGACCUCACUACGUGUUUACUCACAGAGGUCGAAGUGGACCAGGUUUUGGAGAAGGGACUAGACAGUAUUACAGUCCAUGCCUUAGGUGUCCUCACAGCUAUAAUGAGUAACUCACCCUCGGCUAAGGAGGUUUUCAAGGAGAGGAUCGGUUACCCCCAGCUGUUUGAUGUGCUGAAGAGUCAAGGUCAACCCACUAAAAGGCUGCUGCAGGAGCUGAUGAACAUGGCAGUGGAGGGUGAGCAUGCCCACGCCCACCACCUCGGCAUUAGUAAUGACCAACCUCUGCUGCUACUCCUGCAAUGGCUGCCUGAUCUAUCAGGUCAGAGGGACCUGCAGCUGCUGGUGGCCCAGUGGCUGGCUGCCGUCUGUGGUGGCUCUUUAUCCUGUCGCACUGUGUCUGUGGAGGCAGGCAUGGUAGGGGCUCUGCUGCAGGUGCUCUCACAGCCCAAGUGUCUGGACAGGCAGUGUGCAGACGUCCUGCUUGGCCUCCUGCAGGACCUGGGCUCUUUAUGUCUGAGGCCAGAGGAACUGAAGAGCCUUCUCAGACUGCUCAGGGUGGAUCAGGACAAUGAUGCCGUAGUAGGCACGGUGCACCCAUACUGCGCUCCCAUUAUCCGAGUGCUCUCCGCCAUGGCUGCCAGAGAAGGCCAGGACAGUGCCUUGCAGUACUUUGACCUUACGCCCCCUAUGGCUGGCAUUAUGGUACCCACAGUCCAACGCUGGCCUGGCAGUGGGUUUGCCUUUCACGCCUGGCUCUGCCUCAACAAAGAGUUCCACUCAGAGUUCUCAUACAACCAGAGACCUUCUGCAAACACCAGUAACGGGGCUCAGCACGAAAUGGGAAAAGGACCACGCAGGAAGCAGCUCUACAGCUUUUUCACAGCAAGUGGAACUGGUUUAGAAGCCUUCUUCACCAUGGAGGGUGUGCUUGUUGUGGCUGUUUGCACUAAGAAAGACUACAUGGCUGUGGCCUUGCCCGAGCAUGCACUGGCUGACUCAUGUUGGCAUUCAGUGGCUAUAGUCCACAUCCCAGGACGUCGUCCAUUUGGUCAGAACCUUGUCACAAUCUACAUCGACGGCGAGCAACCCAAAACUGCUCAGCUCCGCUUUCCAUCUUUUAGUGAGCCUUUUACUUCCUGCUGCAUCGGCUCUGCAGGCCACCGGACCACUACCACCACCACCUCCCCCAACCUGCCCAUGUCCUCCUCCAACACACCAUCACCCGAGUUUUCAUUCCCUGCCCACACCCCCUCCCUCAAUCGUUCCCAGUCUUUCCCAGCAUCCCUUGCAGGAGGCCGCUGGGGGUCUAUGGGAGACUCACUGGUGCACACCAUCCCGGCAGGACUGCAGGACACAGAGUGGGGGACACCCACGUCUCUGGACGGGCUCCUCGGCACUGCCUUCAUCUGCCAUGAGGCCCUACAACAGCCACAGAUCAGAGCUCUGCAUGCUGCAGGCCCCAAUCACGUGUCCUUAUUCAAAGCAGACGGAGAGUUAUCUGAUCUUAACAGCAGGCUUCUGCUCUACUACACUCCACAGGCCUUCAAAAGCCAGAUUUGUCUGGACUUGUCGCCCAAUCACCAAUAUGAUGGCAGGCUUACAGGACACAGGGUUGUCAACUGGGACAUAAAGGAUGUUGUAAAUGUGGUGGGGGGCAUUGGGGUUUUGCUGCCCCUGCUGGACCAGGUAUGUGAAGUCGAGCAGGCUUACAACGGUGGCCAGGAGAUCUCAGACCUGCUGGGGCCAGAGCUCACCUCCCCUAGAAGCCGCGCUGCCAUGCUGCUGCCACUGAACAAGUCUGCAGAGGGCAGACUAGAGAAAAACAGCAUCGCCGCUUUCCUGUUGAUGGUGAAGAACAUGAUUCAUCAUCACCCUGUCAAUCAAGAGAGCCUGCUGUACUGCCACGGCCCGAGCAUUAUCGGAGCUAUGCUCAGCAAAGUUCCUGGCAAUAUGAUGGACAUGAAUGUUUUAAUGGCGUGUCAGCUGCUUCUGGAGCAGGUUUUCAACGAGGGCAACAGUUCACUUCUACAUCAGUUCUACCAGCACCUGCUCUUUGAUUUCCGCAUCUGGACUAAAAGCCAUUUUGCUGUGUGUCUGGCUCAUGUGCAGUACCUGUCGUCUGUGAUAAACAAGGGAAAGCAGCGCAUGAAGAGGAAGUAUGGGGUCCAGUACAUUCUGGAUAAUAUUCGCACGUACUACAGUGUGGAGAAAGACGGCAGCCCUCUGUCUGACGAAAAGCAGACGAUUCAGACCUCUCUGUUCGCCUUGUUGAAAGACCUCCUCAAGUCUCCUACACCAGAGGAGCUCCACAGCGUCUUGGCUUAUGUUCUAACUGCAGGAGAGGAGCAGCAGGUGGUGAGGGCCUUGGAUGUGCUGUAUGAUCUGCUGAGGAGCAGCCCUCCUCGUGAGCAGGUGCAGACUGUGCUUCUUGAAUGGGGUGUGGAGCAGCUGUACUGCUUGCUGCUCACUCAGAGCUUUGGGGAUGAGGCCAGAGAGAGAGUUUUCAGGGUUUUGUAUAAAAUCCUCAAAAGCGAGCGUGUAUCUGAGCGGCAUAAACAGCGCAUUAAGCUGAAGGACUUUGGAUAUCUGGGUCUGGUGUUUUUACUUGAAAACUUUCCAGUGACCAUGACCACAGUGCGGUGUCUGUACGAGCAGGUCCUCGCUACAGAUACCAAUCCAAACUUCCGAGACUUGCUGGCUGUGGUCUCUCUGUCCCAUCAAGCUGAGCUCACCGUCCGUCUGGAUGUCUGUCGUAAGCUUUUUCAUCUGAUCUACUCCAAUGAGGAUUACGUGAAGCAGCUUGCUAAGCAGCCCGGCUGGCAGGAUGUUCUCACCAAGCUCUAUGUUAAAGAGUCAUAUGAGUACUGCCCUGCCAGCAUCACAGACUCUGGCAACCACAGCUCCUUUGAACCAAACUUCCGGCCACCACUGCGCAGGGAACAGUCUCUGGUCAUAGAGGACGCAAACACCAACAUCUUCCUCAGCUAUCGCACCUCACAGGACAUUGAGGAUGAGGAGGAGGAUGAGGGUGGUCGGCGGGACAUGUCUGAGGGAUUCUCUGAUUUAUCCCAGUCGCCUCCAAGUGGAGGUGGAAGCACACUUAAAAACUACUCCAGCUCACUUCAAUUUAAGUCAUUUGAUUCUGUGGAACAAGGGAGCCACUCAUCUUCAAUCUCCAACGCGAUUGAUUUCAAUCCAUCUCGCCCUGAUGAUGACGGGAGAGACUAUCAGCCCCUUUCCCCCUUUGGUACAUCACCCUUUGAUAUGGAGUUAGCCGGGAUGGGGGAGACUGGUGCACACACACCUGCAGGUAGCUUGACAAACACACCAUCUCCUCUCGAGCAAUUCAAACCUUUUCCACCGCUAAGACCCAGGAAGAGCUCCAGUUUGUCCAAUGUGCUGGAUGACACCAGCUACGGGACAGACCCGCCAACAGGAGAUACAAUCUCCAACACAUCAAACCCACAGCAGACCCCUGAGGAAGAGCUGUGCAACCUGCUGACCAACAUCAUCUUCUCCGUGUUAUGGAGCCGCAGCGGACUGGAGGGGACAGAGGACGUAGUGUGGAGAGAGAGAGGACAGGUCUUUUCUGUUCUCACCAAACUGGGGUCCUCCUCCCAACUGGUCCGCCCUCCUGAUGAAAUAAAACGCAGUCUGUUGGAGAUGAUGCUUGAGUCGUCUCUGUCAGAUCUGAGGGAAGCUCAAGGAGCGUCUCUGCCUUUCUGCCCCAGUCUGGUUCGUCUCCUCAGGCUGCUGCAGGACUUCCUGUUUGCUGAGGCGACAAACAACCACACACUGUGGAGUGAAAAGAUCUUUGAGGGGGUGGUGAACCUGCUGGACAGGUUACAGGCUUGGCAUAGCACCCCUGGCAGCCCCGGUAACACCGAACUGAAGGAAAUGGCACAGAUCGGCCUGCGUAUCAUCACUGCGUACAUCCAUCAGCAGCACUCACCGGUGCGUGAAAUGGCCUACUUGAAGCUCCACAGUCUUCUACAGACAGUGCUGUGUCUCAGCUGGGAGGAGGUGUGCUUCCUACUCGGGCAGAUUGGCUCCCCCUUGUGGACAGGAGAUGCAAUUGAUGGCAACAACUGUGAGAAAGCAGAGACGUUCUCCCAGCUGGUCCCCGUUGUGCGUACGCUGCUGGACCAGCAUGCCGACCCUAUCGCCCUCCAAAACUUAUUACCAAACUUGCCCAUCACCAACGGCAGCGCCACCUUUGCACAGGACCUGAAGGCCUACUGUCAAACACUGGAGUGGCAGGAGUUUUUCCAACAGCAGGUUCAGCCAACCAUGGAGCUGUAUGAGCUGGACACGUUUGGGAGGAGUCAUGACAUCAUGUCCAAUUUCUGGAACUCCUGCUUCGAUGACCUGAUGAGCACUGCCUUUAAACGGGACAAAGACAGAUCAGACAGCAAGAACAAGUUUCAGGAAGUGAUCGUGGACCCCUACCUGAAGCGAGUGAGAAGUGAGAACAGCAGGCACUACAGCUGGCAAAAGCAGAUCUCCAGCCAGCAGGGGGUGGUGUGGCAGCACUGGAAAGCACUCCGCAGGCUUCUGACCAGUCAGAGAGGAGCAUGGGCCAACAGAGUUCAACCAGAGGUGAAACUGAAACUGUCAAAUGCAGAGACUUAUUCAAAGAUGCGUCUUAAGCUUGUGCCUAACUUCAACUAUGAUCCUCACAGUGAGGCCAGUGCCCAAAGGGACAACAUGGGAGCUGACAGCCCCCGUAGCUCUGAGACCCUCCCAUUGGCUGUUGCAAAGGAAGCAAAAGUAAGCGACAUGGAGGAUGAUCAGCUAGGAGAAGAAGAUGUUGUCUUUUUGGAUGACACGGCGGAGGGAGAAGAUGAGAGCCAGAAAGAAAAACUGGUUCUGUCUGAAGACUGUGAACUCAUCACUAUCGUGGCAGUAGUGCCAGGUCGUCUGGAGGUCACCACACAUCAUCUUUACUUUUAUGAUGGCAGCAGUGAGAAAGAGGAGACAGAGGAGGGAAUUGGGUUCGAUUUCAAGAGGCCUCUGUCUCAGCUCAGAGAAGUCCACUUGAGGCGCUACAACCUGCGACGGUCUGCGCUGGAGCUGUUCUUCAUAGACCAGGCUCAUUACUUCAUCAACUUCAAAAAGAAGGUACGAAACAAAGUGUACUCAAGGAUCCUGGGGCUGCGGCCUCCAAACCUCUUCUACUUCGGUUCUCGCUCCCCACAAGAGCUACUGAAGGCAUCUGGAUUGACACAGAAAUGGGUCUGUAGAGAAAUCUCCAACUUUGAGUAUUUGAUGCAACUGAACACCAUAGCUGGACGCACUUACAACGACCUGUCACAGUAUCCUGUGUUCCCCUGGAUCUUAUGUGACUACACCUCUCCCAUUCUGGAUCUGGAGGACGCGUCAAUUUUCAGAGACCUGUCCAAACCCAUCGGUGUGGUGAACUCUCGACAUGCACAGAAUGUCAGAGAAAAGUACGAAAGCUUUGAGGACCCAACAGGCACCAUCGACAAAUUCCACUAUGGCACACACUACUCUAAUGCAGCAGGAGUCAUGCACUACAUGAUCCGCAUGGAGCCCUUCACGACCCUGCAUAUCCAGCUGCAGAGUGGCAGGUUCGACUGUGCAGACAGACAGUUUCACUCUGUGGCAGCCGCCUGGCAGGCUCGCAUGGAGAGUCCGGCCGAUGUCAAAGAACUCAUACCAGAGUUUUUUUACUUCCCAGAGUUCCUGCAGAACAUUAAUGGCUUCGACUUGGGGCAGUUGCAGAUGUCUCAGGAGCUGGUGACAGAUGUUCUUCUGCCUCGUUGGGCCACAUCAAGAGAAGACUUCAUCAGGAAACACAGGAAGGCCUUGGAAUGUGAGCAUGUGUCCAGUCACCUCCACGAGUGGAUCGACCUGAUCUUUGGAUGCAAGCAGAGAGGAGAGGAGGCAGUGAACGCCCUGAACGUCUUCUACUACUGCACAUAUGAGGGUGCGGUUGAUUUGGAUGCAAUCGUCAAUGAGACGGAGCGGAAAGCCCUGGAGGGAAUCAUCAGCAACUUUGGUCAGACUCCCUGUCAGCUCCUCAAGGAACCUCAUCCUCCUCGUAUGACAGCUGCGAACGCAACAAGGCGGCUGGUCCGUCUAGACACAGUGCCCCCAAAUAUCUUUGAGCAGCUCUCAAAACUCCGGCCAUUCAAGGAGGUUGUAAGCGAUGGCCUCUCUCUGGUCCAGGCAGUGGUACCAAAGAACCAAAACCGCCCCUUCAUCAUCCAGGGCUCAGAUAUGCUGGUAACUGUGAGCUCAAAUGGGAUGAUAGGGACACAUAGCUGGCUACCGUACGACAAAAACAUCGCCAACUACUUCACCUUCACCAAGGACCCCACAGUCUCAAACCCUAAGACGCAACGUUUCUUGAGAGGCCCUUUUGCUCAGGGGAUGGAGAUCAGCGCGCAGGUGCUGGUGGUAUCCAACGAUGGCAGACUGCUGUUCAGUGGAGGACACUGGGACUGCAGCCUGCGCGUCACCCAGCUGGGGAAGGGCAAGUUGGUGGGAAGGAUCUGCAGACACAUUGACAUUGUUACCUGCUUGGCUCUGGAUCUCUGUGGCAUCUACCUCAUCUCUGGUUCAAGGGACACAUCCUGUAUCGUGUGGCAGGUUCAACAGCAGGGUGGCUUCUCCAGCUGCCUGUCUCCUCGACCCGUCCAGGUUCUCUGUGGACAUGACCAAGAGGUCACCUGUGUGGCCAUCAGCACUGAACUAGACAUGGCUGUCUCAGGGUCAAAGGACGGGACUGUGAUCGUGCACACUGUCCGACGAGGCCAGUUCCUGCGAACACUGCAACCGCCCAGUGAGAGCUGUGUGCCUGCACAGAUCUCUGAGCUUCAGGUGGGCUUGGAGGGCCACAUUGUCGUGCAGACAUCACUGGUGGAACACGCCCACAGACAGGGGAAGUACUCCAUUCAUGUUUACUCCGUGAAUGGCUGUCUGCUGUCCUCUUCCAUCUUGGAGGAGAAGGUGACUGCUCUCCACUUGGUGUCUGAGUACAUCAUCCUUGGAACAAUGGAGGGCAGCCUCCACAUCCGAGAUUUAUACAGCUUGGAUGCUCCAGUACCACCUCUGGCCCUAAAGGUUCCUGUGAGAUGUGUGUCCGUCACCAAGGAGUUCAGCCACAUCCUGGUUGGACUGGAGGAUGGGAAGUUAAUCGUAGUAGGGGCAGGAAAGCCAGCGGAGGUUCAAACAGGACAAUUCUCACGUCGCCUCUUCAGCACACGCCGCAUCUCUCAGGUGUCUGCAGGUGAAACAGAAUACAGUCCCCCUGAAAAUCCUGGGAAAUAAGAUGAGUUAAGGUGGAGGGACUAUGAGGAUUCUGAUACCUGCUCCACCAAGACGCUCACCAGACAAAACGUGGCCUUCCUUUCUUCCUUCCUUGACAUGCUGGGAGACAAACUGUCCAUCUCGGCCACUGAUCUCUCUGAGAGAGGAACUAUACACUGAGCACUUUCUUUAUUCUUUAAUGAUCUGAUAUUUUAUUGUGUAUUUCAAAUAUAGAUGUGUAAUGUUUUUAAUCAGCAUCAUUCCAAAGAGUGGCCUUGUUUUGUGGAGGGAGGAGAAGCUCAGUGUUUGAGGCUGUGAGCUCAAACAGUGAGUCAUAUUUCAGGGAUGUGACUCAUGAGACACUUUUAUAAAAGUAACCCUGUGAACUCUGCCGACUCUGAGUUCAGUGCUGCUUUUCUUGUCAGAGGAACAGCUGUUGUCCCUGCGCUGUUGAAUGUCCCAAAGUCAUUGAUUGGCGAUGGCAUCUUCUUAAAACUCCUGGACACUUGAAAACUACUGUAAAUAUUACUCGAGAUUUCUAUAUUGCAAUACUGUUGAAUACCACAAGAGGGUUGACUUUGUAAAGAAAGACACAGGGGGUAAACUGAUCACUAGUGAACCAAUGUUGAACUGAUUUGCUGAUCCUUUCACCAGAAGUGCACCACAAUCUCUAACUCUGCUAUCUUUACCCUCUAAGCAAAACUGUUACAGUUAAUGUUAUGAUUGCUCUGAUAAGUCUGUCAAAUGUAUUCCCUUUGUUCUAUAAUCAUGGAGCCUUCAGAUGCCUUACACACAGGGGAGGAAAAGUCUUUUAAAAAAUGCCCUCACUCUGUUCAUCACAUGACUAUAUCUCUCUUUUAUUUGGUCUGAAAAGUGCCUUUUUCAGCUUGCAUCUUGAGCCAUGUAUAAACACUGAAUUCCAAUCAUGUAUUUCUACGUAAGAUCACAGUGUGUCACGUUUUAUUCGAUUUUAAACAGACUCUACUGCUCUAAAACGACUCAGAAGUGGAAAAGAUGUUGUCAGUGAACUCAGUAAAACUGCUGGCUGGAUGCUUUU